CAAAAUUCGCUACCCCUAUAGUAAAUGUGGAAAUUUACCUCACCACAAUAGGGCAGUUGUAACAAACCAUCUCUCAAGAUAUGGUUUCAUGGAUGCAUAUUCUGUGUGGUGGGCACAUGGUGAAACUUUAAGUAACAAUGUUGAUCCAUGGUUUGCCACAAGUGAUGUGGCAUCCUCAAGUAAUAUUGAGGAACAUCGUAAUGCUGAGGAUGAUUUCCAUCACAUGGUUUAUGAUGCAUUUUGUCCAUCUGAGAAUGAUCGUCAUAGAAAUGAAAUAGAGUUUGCAUCUGAAAAUGUUGGAGAUGCGCCAAAUAAUAAUGCACAAUCUUUUUAUGACUUGUUGCGUGCUUCAACCAUCCCGCUUGGACCAGCAUCUAAUAACCAAACAUUGCUUGGUUGGAAAUUGUUAAGUCCAGAAGAUCAGCAAAAAGUACCGUCAAAUUUUUAUGAAGCAAAGAAAUUCAUGAAAAGCCUAGUUUGUGGUGAACCUAGGUAUAAAAGACGCAACUCGGCUCAAACUGGAAAAAAGGAUAGGCCGAGGAAUUCUUUGUGGUAUCUACCCAUUAUUCCACGCCUACAGAGGCUGUACAUGUCUCGUAAAACCGCUGAGCAUAUGAUAUGGCACCUUAAAUGUCGUGUUGACUCAGAGAUCCUCAUUCAUCCAGCUCAGUCUAAUGCUUGGAAACACUUUGAUGCUGUUCAUCCUUCAUUUGCAGCUGAUCUGCGAAAUAUCCAGGUUGGUCUUGCAACAGACGGGUUUAACCCAUGGGGUCACUCUUCGAGGUCAUAUUCCUGUUGGCCUGUUUUCAUUGUUGUUUACAAUCUUCCUCCUGAGAUGUGCAUGCGACCUGAAUUUACAUUCCUAACACUUGUUAUUUCUGGGCCAAAAAGUCUAGGAAAAAACAUUGAUGUUUUCCUCCGUCCACUUAUUGAUGACCUGAAAUGGUUAUGGUCGUCAGGGGUAGAAACAUUUGACAGCUUCCGUAAACAGAACUUCAUAAUGCGAGCCAUGCUUAUGUGGACCAUAAUGGAUUUCCCCGGCUAUGGUAUGGUUUCUGGAUGGAGCACGCAUGGCCGUCUGUCUUGUCCAUAUUGCAUGGAAAUGACUUGUGCUUUUUACUUGCAAAAUGGUCGUAAGAUCUCAUUCUUUGACUGUCAACGACAGUUUCUUCCUGCAUCACACUCGUAUAGAAUGGAUACAACUCAUUUCCUUAAGGGCCGCUUUGAAUUUGGCCCCCCUCCUCCACGAUUAGAUGGUCAUUCUGUUCGACUUCGAGUUGCCACACUACCUGAUGUUUUAUUUAGAAAUCCAUCAGUAAACCAAACUAUUUUCGGGUUCGGUGAAACACACAAUUCGGUGAAACGGAGUAUCUUCUGGGAACUCUCAUACUGGGAGGAUAACCUGAUCAGACACAAUCUUGAUGUCAUGCACUGUGAGAAGAAUUUCUUUGACAACAUCAUACACACAGUCAUGGAUGACUCGUCCUCAAAAGAUAAUGUUAAGUCAAGAAUAGACUUACCAUUAUACUGUGAUAAGGAAGAACUACACUUGUACUAUGACCAUUCUGGGUCGCUUUGCAAGCCAAAUGCAAGUUAUGAACUUAACACGGAUAAAAAAAGAUGUCUAUGUACGUGGCUCAAACAUGUGCGAUUUCCAGAUGGUUUUGCAUCUAACAUCGCACGUUGUGUGAACUUAGCUGAGUUACGCUUAGUUGGAUUGAAGAGUCACGAUUGCCACAUAUUCAUGCAACGCCUCAUUCCAAUUGCUUUCCAUGGCUUGUUGCCAGAUUCUAUAUGGGGUCCAUUAACAGAAGUGUUAAAUGGCCAUCAUGAAGGGAAUGAGGUUUUGCAAUACCUUGCACUGGGCCCAUCAUGGACAGUCAAUGUCUACAGAGGUUAUUAUGUCAAUGGUUUUAGAUUUAUGACACAAAAGGAUGAGGAGCCACCAUCCACACAAUCAUUAGAGCAUAAUUCCUAUUUGGCAUCCACAGAAUGUGUGGAUUUGCAUGCAGAAGGAGCAACAAUGGUUGACUUAAAUGGAAAUGCAAAUGAUGAUGUUGAUGUUGAUGAAAAUGCAAGUGAAGGAAAUGAUGGAUAUGAAACAAGAAGCGAUGCUGGUGGCAAUAGCGAGCCCAUUAACUUCGCGAGGAGUCGCACCACAUCAGGGAGACGAGGACAUCACGACGCUGUAGAUCUUGAUCUUGCACGUGAUGUUACCCCAGUAAUGAACGCGGGGCAUACUCAGUCUAUUAGUCCACAAGGUUCUGUUCAUGUAGCAGCCGCAUCCUCUAGCCAGAAGCAAAAGGAAAGAGUCCCCAGAUUGAUUACAACCCUAUGGAAGAGGGUUUAUGAUGGUGAUUACUUAACGUAUGAGUUGUUCCCAAAACACAAAAUGGUGCAAGUGUGGGAGUUGUUUAAGACACAUUAUCAAUGGGCUGUAGAGGAUGAGGAUGCGGUCCGAAAGUCGUUCUUAAAAUCAAUGAAGAAAGGAUGGGGCGAUAAUAUGAAGGAUGAGCGGGAUAAGUGGCGUACAAACGAUGAGUAUAGGCCGGUAUGGGUGCCUGAGCACCUAUGGCCUACAUUAUGCACUUAUUGGGAUUUUGAUGAGUUUCACAUUCUUAGCGAGAGGGGGAAGAAAAACCAAGCAUCUGGGGAACGAGUUUCACACACUACAGGAUCAGUGAGUUUUGAUGUACAUGAAGAACGGAUGACCAAAGCUGCUGGGGGGAUAAGGCCAGCACACCAAGACCUAUAUAAGGAAACACACACUUUGCAAAAAGGUGUCCCCCAAGGGCAGGAAGCUCCAUGGUGUGGCGACAAACAUAAGGAUCGUCAUGAUAUGUAUGUCAGUGAGUGCUUUGCUACUUAUGGCUCGGACUCAGCAUCAUGGCCGCCACGAGACAAUGACGCUUGGGUAGUUGCUGUUGGUGGAUGCCAUAGCAAUUUCAUGCCGGGAAUUGACAUGGCCAAAAAACAAGCCAAAGAUAGGGAGGCAAUGCAAAUGAUGCGAGAUGAAAUAGGGCAAGUCAAAGAGCAACGAGAAGCAAUUCAACGGAUGAUGGAAGAAAUUGGGAGGAUGCAAGCUUUUCUAUCGCAGCAAUUCACUGCUUUUAGUGCGUACGGGAUGUGCCCGCCUAGUGCUACCCCAUCGUUGCCUCACACCGGGCAAGCAUUUCCUCUUGUAGGGACAUCAUUCCCUACUGCUGGGCCAUCGUUUCAUGCUAAUGGGCCAUCAUUUCCUCAUGCAACAACAAUGCAACUCCCGAUAGAACCUGCAUUACCAAUGGGCCAAAUGGGGAGACAGUCAGAAGCUCCAAAUACAUCUUCACCCAAUCCCCUGCAAGAUGAGUUUGGUUAUCAGCCGAGAUUUGAUGCAGAUUACCAGGGUCCUUUUGGCCCCGAAUGAUCAGUGUGCAUGAGGUUGCGAACACAAAACAUGGCAUGUUCUUGCUACUUGAGGAAAAUACUUUUAUUUUUUGGAUGGAAGAUUUGAACUUGUUAGGACAUGAGUGUAUAUGUCAGUUGGAAUUGAAUGGUUUGUUGUAAUAUUAACUAAAUUAUUGUGACUUGC